CCUUCUUCUUCUUCCCGCCCCCUCGAACCGCCCCCCCCCUCCCGGAUGGGGGGAAAAAAAGAUGUCAGCUCCUCCGCUGUAGUAUUGCUCCUUAAAAACCCCUCUCUCUGAAAAUGACAUGCCCUCGCAAUGUAACUCCCAACUCGUACGCGGAGCCCCUGGCUGCGCCCGGCGGAGGAGAGCGCUAUAGCCGGAGCGCAGGCAUGUAUAUGCAAUCUGGGAGUGACUUCAACUGCGGGGUGAUGAGGGGAUGCGGGCUCACGCCCUCGCUCUCCAAGAGGGACGAGGGCAGCAGCCCCAACCUCGCCCUCAACACCUACCCGUCCUACCUCUCGCAGCUGGACUCCUGGGGCGACCCCAAAGCCGCCUACCGCCUGGAACAACCUGUUGGCAGGCCGCUGUCCUCCUGCUCCUACCCACCUAGUGUCAAGGAGGAGAAUGUCUGCUGCAUGUACAGCGCAGAGAAGCGGGCCAAAAGUGGCCCCGAGGCAGCUCUCUACUCCCACCCCCUGCAAGAGUCCUGCCUCGGGGAGCACGAGGUGCCCGUGCCCAGCUAUUACCGCGCCAGCCCGAGCUACUCCGCGCUGGACAAGCCGCCCCACUGCGCCGGGACCAACGACUUCGAAGCCCCCUUUGAGCAGCGGGCCAGUCUCAACCCGCGCGCCGAACAUCUGGAAUCGCCCCAGCUCGGGGGCAAAGUGAGUUUCCCCGAGACCCCCAAGUCUGACAGCCAGACCCCCAGCCCCAGUGAGAUCAAGACCGAGCAGAGCCUGGCGGGCUCCAAAGGCAGCCCCUUGGAGAGCGAAAAGGAGCGGGCCAAAGCCGCCGACUCCAGCCCAGACACCUCGGAUAACGAAGCAAAAGAGGAGAUAAAGGCAGAAAACACCACAGGAAAUUGGCUGACAGCAAAGAGCGGAAGGAAGAAGAGGUGCCCCUAUACUAAACACCAGACGCUGGAAUUGGAGAAGGAAUUUCUGUUCAAUAUGUAUUUGACGCGAGAGCGCCGCCUGGAGAUUAGCAAGACCAUUAACCUUACAGACAGACAAGUCAAAAUCUGGUUUCAAAAUCGCAGAAUGAAACUCAAGAAAAUGAACCGAGAGAAUCGGAUCCGGGAACUGACUUCCAAUUUUAAUUUCACCUGAGCACUUGGCCUCCCUUCCUCCUCCCCUCUCCCCCACCCCUUUCUUCCUUUCCCCGCCCCUCCUCCCUUUGUGCCUGGUGGUAUAUUUUUUUCCCUCCCUGAGUAUAAAUGCAACGCGCCUGCAAAGAAGGCAAAGACCUCAGACUCUCCUUCCAAGGGACCAAUGGUUCGUGCUGUGAAGAUGCGUCCACCUAAAGCAUGAGAAAUGGGGUGCAGGGGUUUGGGUGUGGUGUGCCUGCAUAGAUAAGGGUGGGAGUGUGACUGGUGUGUGUGUCAACCCCUCACUCACCCACGCACUCACACGCAGCAGCAUCCUGUUCUCUAUGCAAAGUUAAGGUCGAAUACACCCA